CGGCGUCGUCGCCAGUCCUUCACCUUCCGGAAUUACUUCCAUCCAUUGUCCAUAGUCGUCGUUACGGCCUCUCGGUUCUACAAUUUCCUUUUUCUGAUAACACUUUUUCAUCUAACUUCUAAACUCAAUCAAUUUCCAGUCUGAGAAAUCGAACGCCCCGACUGUGAAGCAAAAUUGAAGAUCUUCGAAGCGGUGGCUUUAAUCAGAUCUUUCCUUUGAAUUCAUUUAUUUGAUAUCAUUCGGAUUUUAAUUACCUCCGGUAGCCGAGAUGUUGGAGAAGAUCGGAUUGCCGGCUAGGCCAUCUCUUCGAGGGAACAACUGGGUGGUGGAUGCUUCUCAUUGUCAAGGAUGUUCGUCUCAGUUCACCUUCAUCAAUCGCAAGCAUCAUUGUCGGAGGUGUGGGGGAAUAUUUUGCAACAGUUGCACGCAGCAUAGAAUGGUUCUGCGUGGACAAGGUGAUUCUCCUGUGCGCAUAUGCGAACCUUGCAAGAAGCUAGAAGAAGCUGCAAGGUUUGAGCUUCGGCAUGGACACAAAAGCAGAACUGGAAGAGGUAGCUUGAAGUCAACAAAGCCUGAGGAUGACAUUUUGGCCAAGAUUCUUAGUAGUGAUAGAAAGGAAUCAUCAUCAUCAGUGCAAGAAUCAAAUGGCAACAGUUUUUCUACAAUGGGAAGGACUAUCACUGGUGUACAGAGUUCAAAUACUCAAGAGUUCAUAGACCUUGAUGGGGAAGGAGAGGCAUCCAGUAGUUUAACUGAUCAUCUAGAGAAUAAAAUGGAAUCUAGUAGUCCGGAGCAAUUGCGCCAGCAAGCUUUAGAUGAAAAAAAGAAAUAUAAAGUUCUUAAAGGAGAAGGUAAAUCUGAGGAAGCAUUAAAAACUUUUAAGAGAGGAAAAGAACUCGAGAGGAAAGCUGACGCUUUGGAAAUUUCCAUUAGAAGAAGCCGUAGAAAAGCUCUAACUUCCAGUAAUGCAGGUGAAGACCAAGAUAUUGGCGGUUCUAAAGAAUCUGGUAGGAAAAUGAAGCCUAGUCCACAAAGUAGUAAUGAAAAGCAUGACCUUAAUGCUGAACUCAGAGAACUUGGAUGGUCUGAUAUGGAUCUCCAUGCUGAGGAUAAAAAAUCAGCUACAAUGAGUUUAGAGGGUGAACUAUCUUCUCUUCUUAGGGGGGUCUCACAAAAGACCGGCAAAGCUAAGAGUGUUCAUAGCAUUGAUAAUACCCAGGUUGUUGCUCACAAAAGAAAAGCUCUAAUGUUGAAACGUGAAGGCAAGCUAACAGAAGCCAAGGAAGAACUUAAGAAAGCUAAAGUUUUAGAAAAGCAGCUUGAAGAACAAGAGCUCUUGGCUGGAGCUGAGGAGGAGUCAGAUGAUGAGCUAUCUGCAUUGGUGCGGAGUUUGGAUGAUAAUAAGCAUGAAGAUAUUUCAUAUCAGUACAAGGAGAAUCUUGAUUUUGAUCUUGAUAACCUUUUAGGGGCUGCUGAUUCUAUUAUUUCUGACAUCAACUUUGAAGUGACAGAUGAGGACAUGGAAGAUCCAGAAAUUUCUGCUGCUUUAGAAACACUUGGAUGGACUGAGGAUUCCAAUAACACUGAAAGCAUUCAGCCCCAACCUUCUUCUGGUUCCAGGGAAUCAAUAAAGAGUGAAAUAAUUUCCUUGAAAAGAGAGGCUGUUAAUCAAAAGCGUGCAGGUAAUAUUGCAGUGGCUAUGGAGCAGCUUAAGAAAGCAAAGAUGCUCGAGAGAGACCUUGAAAACUAUGGCUCUCAAGAGGAUAGUCAUGUUUCAGGCGGUGGCAGUGUUGAAACAACAGAAGUCAUGAUUCCUAAACUUCCUUCGAAAAGUAAAUUAGCUAUUCAGAAAGAGCUUCUUGCUAUAAAAAAGAAAGCCCUGGCCUUAAGAAGGGAAGGAAGGUUGGACGAGGCAGAAAAAGAAUUGAACAAAUGCAAGGUCCUUGAGAACCAACUUGAACAAGCAGCUGAAGCUUCAAGGGGGAACACAGAGUUGGGUGUUGGUGUUGGUGUUGUUGUUGGGAGUAAGGAUCUCAAUAGAAAUUUCCUAGAUGUGGAAGUAGUUGAAGAUGUAACAGAUCAAGAAAUGCAUGACCCCAAGUAUCUUUCCGCUCUUAAAAAUUUAGGUUGGACUGACAAAGAUGAUGAAUUCGGCCCUUCAAAGCCCUCUAAACAAGAUGAUUUGCUUCCUGUGGAGCCAAAUGAGUUAUUUGCAAAUCAUGCUCCUAAACACACAGUUAGGCCACUAAGAAGUAAAGCUGAAGUCCAGAGAGAACUUUUGGGAUUGAAAAGAAAGGCUCUCUCUCUUAGACGCCAAGGGGAGACUGAGGCAGCAGAUGAAGUGCUGCUAAAGACAAAAGACUUAGAGGCUGAGAUGGAGGAGAUAGAAAGUAGGGAUAGAGUUAGAACUGCAUAUAGUGGGAACCAAGAGAACUUUCACAAAUCCCCUUCUGGAAGGUUGGUCGAACAAGGUGGUGAUGAUGAUGUCACAGAGGAAGAUAUGAACGACCCAACAUUGUUAUCUGUUCUACAGAAUUUGGGAUGGAAUGGUGAUGAUGUUGAACCGGUAAAUAAACAGGUCAAGCCAGUUAAAGAGUAUCCAAAACCAUCUGGUAACCAAUCUUCUACAAUAAAUGUUGUUGCACCACGAAGUAGAAGCGAAAUUCAGAGAGAGGUUUUAAAUUUGAAAAGAAAGGCACUUACCUUUAGAAGAAAAGGAGACAUUGAUGAGGCUGAUGAAGUCUUGAGAAAGGCAAAGGUGUUGGAGAUCCUAAUGGAUGAAGUGGACACUCCAAAACUAGAAGUUGUGCUUGAUGCUGCUGAGGAUGACAAAACUAAAGUUGUAUUGGAAGGAGAUGAAUCGCAAGACCGUUUGAAGCAUGUGGAGGAGGUAAGUAAUGUAUCAGUACAAGCUGCAGACAGUCUGAAAGUGAAGGACAAAGUACCAUCCGUUCAAGCCUUGUUCAGUGAAGGUACUUCAAGUAGAAAUAAUUCUCUGGAAGGUAAUGGACGCCAAGGUGACAUAUCAAUCCCUCACUCCGAUGUGUCGACUAAUUCUGGCCUUUCCAUGGAGUAUGGACUCCGGGCAUUUUCUACUGUUACUAACAAAGAUCAUUUUAGCAUCGGAAACCAAGACAAUGUAGUUCACCAUGAAGGAAAACAACGUUACCAAGUAGACAACUUCCAGGACUCUAAUUCUCAGAGCAGCGAAAGUUCUCUGCACCAAGAAGUUUUGGCCCGCAAGAAGAAGGCAGUCGCAUUAAAGAGAGAGGGAAAACUGUCAGAAGCUCGAGAAGAACUUCGACAGGCAAAGUUAUUGGAGAAGUCUCUUGAGGAAAACAAUGGUGAGGUUCAAAGUAAUUCAAAAGGUUCAUUAAUUUCCCCAAGCAAUGUGCAAUCACCUGACCGUAAGGAAUCUAGCACAUCAACUGUGCAACAGAAACCAUCACCUGAACGGAAGCAGUCUAGCCCAUCAACUGUGGAACAGAAACCAAUGUCUGCUCGUGACCGCUUCAAGUUGCAGCAGGAGUCACUCAAGCACAAACGACAAGCUUUGAAAUUUCGUAGAGAGGGUAGAACACAAGAAGCCGAUGCAGAGUUUGAAAAGGCCAAGGCCAUUGAAACUCAGUUAGAGCAAUUAACUGAGUCUACAAAAUUAUCUGCGAGUGGAGAAGAGCAUGUAGGAGAUGUAAGUGUUGAGGAUUUUCUCGAUCCUCAACUGCUCUCUGCUUUGAGAGCUAUUGGUUUGGAAGAUCCAACUCCGAGCAUAUCUAGAGGACAAGAAACAUUAAAGCCUCCACCAAAAGUCAUCACUGAUAAGAUGGAAAAUACAGAAAGAAGUCAAUUGGAGGAACGUAUCAAAGCAGAAAAGGUGAAGGCAGUGAACUUGAAACGUUCGGGAAAGCAAGCCGAGGCCUUGGAUGCCUUGCGACGAGCCAAACUCUAUGAAAAGAAGUUGAAUGCCUUGGUAUCAAAUUAAAUUAUGACCCUGAUGCCUAGAAAGCAAAUUGUGUGAGAUAUUGAAUGCCUCUUUCAUGUAAUUUCUUCAUAUAGGUCCAUUGUCAUUUGAAAAUGUACCAUCAUUGAUCUCAAUCAUCAUUCGGCAAUUGUAAUAAUUAUGAUAAGCAAGCCAGCAUGAAAUUAUUCUUCCA